ACUAAGUGUCAUAUGUCUUGACAAAUCUCUGUCUAGUGUAAAUAAUUCCAUUCGCUGUUUCAUUUUGCUGCUUUUGUUGUGUAAAUGUGUCGUCGUUUGUCCCAUCUAUUUUGUGUCAGCUAUUAAACGAAAUAUGAAUAAAAGUGCGAAGCAAUUGUGCUGUGUGUGCUCAGGAAGUGGUGAACAUGAUGCAUUUGGCCGAAUCCCAGUCAAUGUCCACGCAAAUCCAAAUGAAUUCCGUUUCUGGAGAGAGACAAUUGCUGAAUAUAUCGCCGAUAUUUCGGGCAUUUAUUUAACCAAAGAUGAAAAGAAUUACCCGCAAAAGAUAUGCACGAUAUGCAUAACAUAUCUGAAACAUGCCGUAACAUUUCGCAAACAAGUGAUCAACAAUGACCGUUGCAUACGGCAGCAAACGUUUUAUCCGGGCAAUGAGCCAUUUAAUAUUAAGGCGCUGAUGCAGAAUGACUACAAUGGCGGUGGUGGUGGCGGUGAUACGGUGUGGAAUGACAUGAAUCUAGCACCGGAAAGCAUAACAUUUGACAGUCUGAAGAUGGAAAUCGAAGAAGCGUUCGGUGGUGAAUGUGAUGAUUCCGACGAUGAGGAAGCGGACGAUGCAGCUACAUCGACGACAAUGUUUAACUACAAAGAAAAAAGCUUCACCGAAGAUGAUAUCACGGAUUUUGUGCACAAAUCCGUUGUUAUUACGAUACCCGAUGAAAUGCGCGAACGUAAAUGUGAUGCAUGCAAACAGAGAUUCAUGCUAAAAGAAUCAUUUGAUCAGCACCUAAAGGAAUGCAUCGAGCUAAAACUGAACAAAUUCAUUACGGAAGGCUAUCAAUUGUUGUCGAUGCGCAAAUCUCGUGCACUUUCGGCCAAUGAAUUCAAUCGACGAAUGAUUUUCGCACUCAAGAAAAUGGUGAAAUCGUUGACGUCAUGCUACAAAGAAGUGUCGGACAGCCCAUCGACAAAUGUCGAUGAUAAAGUAAUGAAGAAGAAUAAUGUCUUGGAUUCAUGCGAUAAUGUACUCAAGAAACCCAUAAAUACAGAUAUUGAUUCGCUGUCAUCGGUUCGGCUACCAAAUUUACUCAGCUCAUUGGAGGGCAAGCCAAAUGUUAGCAUUCAGAAAAAUCAUUUGUUGGAGAACAAUCAACACGCGUAUAGUUUUAUCACAACAACUGAAAAUGGCGGCAGCGGUGGCGACAUUCAAAUGAACACAGCAUUUAGCAGCACACCAAUUCCAAAUCAUUUCAAGUCAAUUGACAAUGGCAAUGGCCAUGAUGAACCAUCACCUGAUUCACUAUUGCAGCUAAGAAAACCACAAACCAAACACAAACGACGACAUCCAAAUGAAUUCAAUAUGGUGGUCGCACAGUGCAGCCAGUGUAACCAAUCAUUUUCAUCAUUGCAACAAUUCGAAGAGCACAUCCGCAAGAGUCACAACUCACGCUCAUCCCAAACAUCGUCAAAUGUGCCAAGCCAGUCUCCAUCCACUGUUGACGACAAAAUUGACACACUCAAUCCGGAUGAACGGAACACACUAUUACAAAUGCUCACCAAUUCAACCAUCAAAUUUUGAUCAACAGACUCAUCAAUUGCUGAGAUUUUUUUGUUUUCAACUCCAAUUUUCAUUUUUUUAAAUAUGACAAAUUACCAAUUUCUGUGAGACUUUGUGUUGAAACAAGAAAGAUAAACUUAGACACACGCACCUAAUUUUAUUAGAACCAAGACUCAAGUACUGAUCUCAGUACUUUUCAUUAAUGAAUAAACGAAAUUAACGUAAGAGAUUUCAA